AAUAAUCAGUCUUGCUCAGCCUUGUAUAAUUACUGAACCCAGAUUAUGUUACCAGUCCUUAGAAAGGGGAAAUUUGAGUUGCAGUUCCGUUCUCAACUCUGUGCGACUCCGGGCUGGUCGGAAGGUUUGCCUUUGCGGCCCUGUUGAGCUACAAGGAGUUUGUAGAGCUUGGUUUGAGAUGCGGUUUCCUUGAUGAGAUGAGCUGGGAGCUACAACUCUGCGUUCCUCUCGUUGGAUGCGAAGAGAAGAUUUGAGCUGAGGAAAUCAGGUUUCUCCCUCAGCGAUGCAGGAAGAAAGGCUUGCAGCCUCACUCCUUGGAAUGAGAUGUGGAAAGAGAUAGAAUUGGGAGGGUCCUGUCGUUAUAUUGGCCAGGUGACCUCACAGGUCAUGAGGCCAGAGUGACCAGUAGGAGUUGACCCUUGUGGUUUUUCACACCUCUGUGUGAAGCUGAAGAAUCCUGGGAGAGUGAGUUCCCUGUGUUUUGACUUUUUCCAGGACAAUGGAACCUGUUGCAACCUGGGAGACUGACUUCGGGAGGCUUCUCCAGAACAAAAGGGCAUGCGGCAGCAGGAUUUGUCUACAUGUGGCCGAACCUUGGUUUCACAAAAACCAUGUUUUUCCAUAGAAAAAGCAAAAGCUCAAAGCAGCUGCAUCUACACCCAGUUUGAGGUCAUAUAACAUCAGGCAGGCUGAAAAUGUUUCACAAUCACAAAUACGUGAUGAUACUUUUGUAUGAAAACCCCUCUGCUCUCAUUGACAUUUAUUGUUAUUAUGAGUUAAGGAAACAAGAAGGUCACAAUGACAGGUCAAAAUGAAAAAAACUGGAGGUGACAACAAGCUGAAAGAUAAAGAGAAGUAAAAUGCUGACUUGAACAGCUUCAUAUCAGGGACAGAAAUACAGAAGCAGUCCACAGUUAAGACCGAGAAUCGUGACGACUGCAGCGCUCACAGUAUUCUGACUUCUGUCCGUAAAACACAGUCUGAGGUGACCAUGGACAAAAACCUGCCUGAUGCUUCAGCCACAAAUAGGAAACUGGUUGUCUUGACCCUCGGACUCCUGUGUAUCCUGCAAGCUGCUCUCAACAUUUCCCUGCGUCUUGCUCUCUACAGUUCUGAUGCACCUGAUUAUGAUGCUGUGAUCAGGAAUCUGACAGAAGAGAGGGACCAGUUGAAGAGGAAGUUGAAAACAUUUGAUCAUUACACCCGAGAAGGAUGGGUAUACUUCCGCUCUAGUUUCUACUUCAUCUCAUCUGACACGAAAUCCUGGGCAGACAGUAGAUACGACUGUCUGCAGAAAGGAGCCGACCUGGUGAUUAUCAACAGCAAAGAGGAAAAUGAGUUCACAAGACAGCUCAAUAGGUCCUUCUGGAUCGGACUAACUGACACAGAGACAGAAGGGACAUGGAAAUGGGUGGAUGGAACUUUGCUGAACUCAACAACAAGCUACUGGUACCCUGGGGAGCCAAACCCCAAGUAUUACCCUGAUGAAAACUGUGGAGAGGCAAGGUACAACUACAAUGAAAACAACUGGAAUGAUAACAAUUGUAAAACGCUUUACUUCUGGAUCUGUGAAAAGAAGGUGGCUUGAUAACGCUGCACCCAAACGCACCACACGGGCAACUGAUCAGAGGAAGUGGCUCAUUAAAAUGCAAAGACAUAAACAGCCUUGCUUCAUUUUGACAUGUCCCCAUAGUAAGAGGCGCUGGUAACUAAACGUAUGAUAUUUAGUUUGAUUCGUUCCUGGGUCCUGGUAUUGUACAUGCUGCCUGUGUCAUAUGUUUUCAUACUGUAGCUUCUGUCCAUAUGUGGUUGCUGUUCUUGUUAUCAGAAUCACACUUUUUCUCAUGAAUGAAUGUUUUGUAACCACUUUGCGAAGUCUGAUUAAGUCACACAAUCAUAUUAUAGAUAGGGAUGUAGCUUUGAACAAAAUUACAUCACCCAUGAUUACUGUUUCAAA